GGCUGAGUAAAUCAAGUAGGAAUUUAUACUUUAGGUUCAAGAAGAUAUAAAGAACAUGAGAAAGUCGAGAUUUCAUUCAAACGACGGUAAAAUUCAGUACACAUCGGAGGAGGAUACUAAAAGUGCACUGAUCCAAUUAUUCAUAUUCUUUUUAUAUCUCAUAUGUCUGACUGUCGUGUGUAAUUCCUUAACAAGCGAAAAUUUACAUCACUUCACGAAUGGCGUUAAGACUUUAUUUGAGAGACCGCAUUAUAUGUUGGAUAAUAGAACGAUAUCCUUCAGUGAGGUGAUUACUAUAGAGGACUUUUGGAACUAUAUGGAUUAUGUAGUUAUUAAUCUGCUUCAUGGCGUAGUCUUUAAUGAGACCUCAGGAAGGCAGCCAUAUCUGGUGAGCAACAGACCUCUCUUAUAUGGCAAAAUGAUUUUGAAUGAGAGUUUACUUUUGGGUGCUCCAAGAUUGCGACAGAUUCGUGUAAGAAAUGACACCUGCCCACUAAAACCUGCAUUCUUCAGAUACUAUAAUACCUGUGUGGCGCCCUACUCGGAGGAGGUUGAAUUUAGAGAACCAUUUUAUAAGCGCACUAAAUAUAGAACUAUGAGCGAACUUGGCGUGACUUCUAUUAAGGGCAGAGUGAAUACAUAUAAUAGCGGAGGUUAUGUCCAAAGUUUGACAUACGAAAAGGAUAUAAAUAUAGAAACUCUACGACAUCUCAACAAUUCGAAAUGGUUGGAUCGAAACUCACGUGUAGUUUUGUUUGAGUUUAGCAUAAUUAAUCUGAAUUUAAAUGUUCUCCAGAGUAUUAAGUAAUUUUUUUUUUAAACUUACC